AUGCCAGAGUGGAGCCAGCCGGCCUUCACUGGCGUAGGAAUUGAACGGCUGAACAUCCUACAGACAAAAGUGUACGAUGUUGCCUUCAAUGCGUACGAAGAGAAUAUGCUGCUUUGCGCUCCCACCGGAGCAGGAAAGACGAACGUGGCCAUGCUGGCCAUGCUGAACGUGAUCGGGCAGUACAGAAGUAGUACCACAGGAGCCAUUGAUCUGAAGGGAUUCAAAAUAAUAUACAUAUCCCCCAUGAAGGCGCUGGUGGCAGAGCAAGUUCAGGCGUUCUCGCAGCGGCUGCAGCCGUUUGGAAUUGCAGUCCGGGAGCUUACCGGAGAUGCGAAUCUGACAAGAGAAAAGAUUGAAGAGACACAAGUCAUUGUCACGACACCUGAAAAGUGGGAUAUCGUCACCAGAAAAGCUGGGGAGAGGGCUUACACCCAACUUGUCCGUCUUGUGAUCAUCGACGAAAUUCACUUGCUUCAUGACACGAGAGGACCCGUGCUGGAGGCUAUAGUUGCACGCACCAUCCGUCAGAUUGAAAUGUCACAAGAGCACAUCAGAUUAGUGGGGCUUUCCGCGACGCUGCCCAACUACGAAGACGUUGCGGUCUUCCUGAGGACGUAUGUGGGAAUCAAAGACAAGAAAGCCAUCAGGAGAUACAACACAAUGAAUGACGUCACUUACGAGAAGGUCUUGGAGUGCGCUGGAAAGAACCAAGUGCUGAUCUUUGUACACAGCCGAAAGGAAACGGUGAAGACCGCUAAGUUCAUUUGUGACGCAGCAAUGCAGAAAGAUACGCUGCCCCGUUUCCUGCAAAACUUCUCAGCUAGUCGGGAAAUUUUGCAGGCUGAGGCGGAGGCAGUUAAGACACAAGACUUGAAAGACUUGUUGCCAUACGGCUUUGCAGUUCACCACGCAGGGCUCCCCAGAACAGACAGGAAGCUCGUAGAAGAUCUGUUUGCAGAUAGGCACAUUCAGGUGCUCGUUUCCACCGCCACUCUGGCUUGGGGUGUUAACCUACCGGCGCACACCGUCAUCAUCAAAGGGACGCAAGUGUAUCUUCCGGAAAAGGGAGCAUGGUCGGAGUUGUCGCCGAUGGAUAUUCUACAGAUGAUGGGGAGAGCAGGGCGACCCCAAUACGACACUGGCGGCCAUGCCAUCCUGAUUACACAGCAUAGUGAACUGCAGUUCUACCUUUCUUUGAACAACCAACAGUUGCCCAUCGAGUCGCAGAUGAUCCAGUGCCUGCCCGAUAUGCUCAACGCAGAAAUCGUACUUGGUCAGCUAUGGGGACACGCUUAUGCACACUAUGACGAACAGAACGAAUGUCUGCUCGUUGAUUUUGACUACUGUUCCUAUUUGUCACGGGGGCGGGGAGGGAAGCGAUGUUCGCUGGCUGUCUAG